UCAAGAUUACGCGUCAUUGUGAUUUAAAGUUUGAACCGCCAUUACGUACGUAUGAAACUUUGCUCGAUAUUACGGUCGACCCGUUUCGCGAGAUAUUUACUCUCCGCAACUAUUUAGUGAUACCAUUUUGUGAUAAAUGCACGCAGCACUUACCGGUGGUACUUCUAGUCAUUAUCCACGCACGAAAAUCGGCAUCAGCCAAUCGAAAUCGCAAAAAAUACAAAGCGGUUUCCCGGAGGCGUCCUGCGGUGCCGGUGGUCGUGCCGAAAGAGACCGAAUUGAAGUGAGCCCAUUACAACGACGAUUGCGAUUCUCGAAAUGCGAGUGUUCUCGAGGUGCGAGUAUUCUCGACUCACUAGCGCCGCUUAGUACACAAAGAAUAUAUUCAAAGAUAUAGUACUCGAAAUAUGAAUAAUGUGUUAUGAGGUGAGAAAGCUCCGCAUGCUUAGUAGCUUAUUUCGCACAUUUGUCUCGCUUGGAUAACGCAAAAACAUAAAAAGCAACGAUUUGCACUCUGACCUAUCACGACACGAUAAAGUGCAAAAGUGCAGGUGUAAGAGUAUUAUUUCCGAUGAUUUGUCCGGCCGAAAUAUAUCAUAUCAAAUAUAUUUGAUGUGAUAUUUUACCACGACUAAAUGUACAAUGCCUAUUUCUCGCAUUCACAACGAUAAUUUAUGCACGGGGCUCAGCUUCGGCAGAUCAACAGUGUGCAUCAUUGUGAUUUGAAUUCCUAACCGCUACUGCGCAACGAAACAUAUCGGCAACCCGUUUCUCUCUCAAUGACUACAUCAUGAUAUCACAACAAACGAGUGCAACACUUACGUACGGUGCUUCUAACCAUUAUCCACACACGAGACUCAAUUUCGACGAGUUAAAAUUGCAAGAGAUACGGACGACUUCUUCACUGCAAACUGGCGCGCACGGCCGUUAAAGUACUAGAUGGAUAUCACAACAAUUCCGACUUAUCGAGCCAACCAAUCACAAUAAUUCAUUAAAACACACUUGACAGACGUAUUGCAAUCGUAUAGUACAUCUGUUCUUUAGAACUACACUUCACUACACUUUGUACAAUUGUUUGUAAUUUUUUGUUUUUCUCCUUAUAAAGUUAUGAAAUUAAUCAUUUCAUAUUGUACAAAAUUUGAUUCAUCAAAGACUUUUUUGGAUGUUAGUUGCUGCCAUAACUGGGAGACAAUAUGGAAACGUCUGAAGGAAGACGAAUCCGUAAAUCAUUGAGGACAGUCUUGACAGUGGAUACUUACUUGACAGAUGCUUUUGUUAAUUUGGUAGAAAAAUUUCUACCGUUGAGACAGUUGGAAAUACAUUAUAAAUUUCUAGAGUUAUCAUGUCACGGUAUACCUUGGCUCACAACUAUUCUGAUAUUUAUUCAGAUCUUAGAUAACAAAAGCUUAUUCCAGAUGCAAGUUAACCUUAUGAUAGGAUUGCUAAUUGACAUUCUUUUAGUUUGCAUACUAAAAGCAAUAAUAAGAAGAAGACGACCCAGUCUUGAUAACAAUUUAUUUUUUAUAGGUCCUGAUAAAUAUUCCUUUCCAUCUGGACAUGCGUCUCGUGCUGUGUUUAUUACAUAUUUCUUUUUUUAUAUAUGGCCUAUUUCGUUAAUAUUUGCAUCACCUAUAUUAGCAUGGUCUGUUUCUGUAUGUUUAUCGCGGUUAUUAUUGAGAAGACAUCAUAUACUCGAUGUAUUGUUUGGGAUACUCCUUGGUAUCUUGGAAGGGUUAAUAGUUAGUUAUAUUUAUUUAGAACAGGAGACAUGUCUUAAUUUAAUAUCAUGGAUUUCCAAAGAUAUGUAAACUUAAAUAUUAUUUAAACAUCA